UUAUAAAAGAUGAUGUGGUUAGAAUCGAAAUUAUUUAAAAAUAUGUAAAAGAAUAGAGCGAUUUUGCUUUUCUGUUAGCAAAAAAUGCAUUUAAUUUUAGUAUUAAUUCUUGUUUUAAUUUGUAUAUAUACUGUUACUUCAUGGAUUUUACCUAAAGUCAUAGCAGUCAUAUUCGAACACAAGUUUAAAGUAAUUAUAAAGAUAGGAAGGAUAGGUGUUCCCUACCUUAAAAUUUAUGAUGUCAGCAUUACUAAAAGCGGUUUUACAAUCCAAGUUGAUGAAAUAAGUAUUAAAAGUAGUUUCUUUAAUUCGGAGCUCACAAAGCUAGUCACUCUUGUUGUGAAAGAUGUGCGUGUUAAUAAGGACAUUGGAAAAUCUGAAUCAGAUUGGGGAAGGGUAUCUAAUCAAAAAAUUUACAUGGAUUUUAGAGAAAAAAAAAUUCCCCAUUUCAUCACCACAUUUGCACAAUUUAUGGCUGUACAUAUUUAUAAUAUUUCUGCAAUGAUUCUUCAUUCAGAAGAGCCUGGUUUUCUUGUACAUGCUACUGCAACAGAAUUGCAUUUAGAUGGUAGUGUAGUUCAAAAUGCCAAAACAUUGCUUGUGAAUGCAAAUCUUACAGAAGUAUUUGCCAAACUUUUACGCCAUCCAGAAAAUAAAUAUACUGACAAUAGCUGUCUGGCAGAGCUUAGUUUUGCAAUAAAUAUGGAAGCUACUCUUGUAGCACAAGGGCCGUUAUCAGUAGAGAAAUUAAGUUUAACCGUCUCUCAAGCUACAACAACAAUAAGUGAUGGUUUUUAUACUUUGGUUCAAGAGAGAGAGCCUUCACAUAUACCACCAUCUGAUAAUAAAGUUUCAUAUGAUUUUUAUGAUCGAAUUUAUCCAAUUAUUCCUAAAAAUUUCGUUUAUAAAAUGGAAGAUGUCUCUAUUCGAGGUGUAAACGAGAAUAGUAGGACUGAAUUUGUGUCUGCUCUGCAAGCUUUUACUAUCAGUAGUAAAUUUGUUAAUAAUUCAGACCUUGAUAAUUAUUUGUUGCCACAAUUAAGGCUUUCAUUACAAUUGCUGGAUUUACAAGUGCAAAACAGCAGGGAAAGAUUGCUAUUAUUAAAAAGCUGGUCUUUGGAUGCGAGGCUCGAAGAUAACGUUUUGAAUCUUUAUAUCAAGCUAAACACGCUAACAGUAACUUAUAACCACGAGACAUUCAACAAGUGGAUUCGUACCAAUUUUUUACAAGGUUCUAAAAAGGCUCUAAUCGCAAGGUCAUCCAGCAUCGACUCGCAACCCCCCUUAAAGGAAACGGGUCGUAAAGAGAAGAAACCCAGCGACGGUUUUUUAGAAAAACUAAUGACCAACGUUAUGAUAAACGGUUGUGCAGAAUUUUGUAACGUUUCGUCCCUUGUAAAACUCAAUGGGAAUCAUUCUUCAAUAGGGUUCAGUCAUACAAAAAUUAUUCUCGAACAAGCCCUGGAAACAAGAGAUACGAAAUACGCGUCUUUAAUUCCGAGACUGGUCUUAUCCAAUCGUCAUUGGCAACUGGAGAUCUUGGUCGAGUCUUUUUGGUGGAGUUUUAAGGAGUGGACUCAAGAGCCGGCGACGUCGAAGAAAACUCACGUUUGGGGUACUCCCGUGUACCUAGGAAUGACACUGAUUAAAUUUGGAACAUAUGGCAAUUCAGAAAUCAAAAUUGAAUCUUUACUUGAUACAUUGCAACUUGAAUGGAGUUCUUAUGCUGCAGAGUACAUUCUGUUAACAUUAAAGUGUAUGAGGGACUAUCAGACAAAAGAGACUGAGCAUCUUCACAGGUCAAGCAAAACAAAAUUCCAAGAGUAUAUAACUAUAAAUCUUGCCUUAUCUCAUAUAAAUUUAUUUUUUGCAACCCAGGAAAAUGAAUUUGUGGUUACUCGCCUCAACUCCGUAUCAUUGGAUAAAUCAAUAGACUGUACAACAGCCCAAUUUAAAGGAUUCAAAAUGCUCACAGUCAAAAGCAAGGAUUCUGGGUUCAAUUGUAUCAGAACUGAAGACAUAUCUGAGUACAUCAGUUACGUUAAAAUGACCCAAGUAGAGUUUAAGACAAAUGCUGAAUGUUCAGAAUUUACUUUGCAUUUACUUGAAGAAAUUGUUGUGUAUUGGACUACAAAUAUUCACCUAAAACUUUUGUAUUUGUGGAGGGACUGCGUGGAAUUCUGGGGAAAAUUCCUCAAAAACACGAAAUUACUCAGUCAGAAACCGAAUAAAAAACGAGAAUGCAUUUACAAUUUUAGAGUUUUCGGAAUGUUUGGAUUUCAUAUACAAAUAUCUCCAAGCCAUAAAGCAAAGGUUACAAUUGAUGAUAUGACGGUGUCCCAUACAAAAGACAAUUUGACCAUUAGUAACAAGACGGGUACAAUUUCAAUUGAUGAUGCUGAAAUUUUUACUUUGUUGGGAUUGAGUUUGUCUAGAGUGAAAGAGAAUCAAACGCUGCUUGAAGAAAGAUUGGAAAAUGAAAAUAUACAACUGCGAUGGAAUAAUCCUUGGGGAUUUUCUAUUGAUUCAUUUCGAGCUGCCUUUCCAUAUCAACACAAUUUUGCAGAUGCUUACAGAAACGAAUUUGUUUCAGUCUUUAAAUGGCUUAAAAUUGUUCACAAUAGAAAGAAAAUGCCCUUUACCACGGAUAGUCCUCUUCCAAGUGAUCUUGUAAUAAAUGUAAAAGAAUUUAUCUUUGAAAUGGCAGAUGAUCCAUUCGAAGUAAAACUAAGAGAUAACUACGAACUGUUGCUUGACGAAUACAACGAAAGUUUGAAACGUCAGAAGAUGCUUAAAGAAAGGAUUGAGGAAUUGUGUAAAACUCAUUUACACUUACCAGCCAAAAAAGUGGAAGAACUUUAUGAUAGUUUGAAAAAAAAGAAUGCUGAAAUAUAUGUGCAGAGAUCGAAACAAAUGAACUACGCUGUGCCCCCUAGAACCCGACUGUUUGCCUGGAGUAUUACAAACUUAGAAAUUAUGAACACUAAAAGAGAUGUAGAAGUAUUUUUGGGCGAACCGUGGGGCUCCACAACAAUCGAAAGGAGUAUGCUUCCCCAAAAAUUCUAUCAUGAUUUUUACUGUUCCGCUGAAUCGUUUAGUUACGCCUUUGGCCCGUGUUGGGAACCAGUAAUAGCACAAUGUAAUUUAACAUUUGAAAAAAUUCAACCCAUAUCAAAAGACCCAUCACCACCAUUGCCAUUCUGGGAUAAGAUGCGUCUUCUGUUACAUGGUCGUUUAACGAUGGAAGUUCAACAGCUAACGAUAUUACUUCACGCUUCCUUAGAUCCUUAUAACACCACCGAAGAAAUGGAGUUAACAUGGAACAAAGUUGUAAUGGACUGGCUUAAUGCCAAAUUUCUGUUCAAAGGAGACUUGAACAUUUUUGUGAGAACCGCUUCGAAGUACGAUGAUUGCCAGCUGGUACACUUACCGAGUCUUAAAUUGGUCAUCAAUAUUCAAUGGGUGUGUUUGGGGGAUCCCAACGACCACCAUAACGUUAUACAGUGCGCUCCAGAUAAAAUACCAGAAUAUUCCAGUAAUCAAGUUCAUGAUUCGUUCCGUGCAUUCCGUUCCCAAAACGUUAACUUGAGCAUAUCUCUUGAAACAAAACCCUCGUCGACCCAGUCUCCGACGAACAGUUGCCCUGUUGUGUCCCUUUACGGGAGCACAUUGCGAUGGAUAGAAAAUUUGAAGUUAAUCCUCUCAGGUGUGACUAGACCGACUCGAAGGGGGCGCAUAUUCAACAACAUCAGACCGAGAAAAGUACAACUUAGUCGACAUUACAAGAAAGUCCACCUACAAGUCGGUUUACACAAGUUCCAAGUAUGUUAUUGGAUGUCAUUCGCUAUGCAAAAAGGCUUUGAACUCUUAGGUGGCAGGUUGUCUUCAAGUUCUGAGCAUACAUUGUCUUUGGUUCCAAUCGACGACGGUCUUAAGCAUCGUCCGAAGGCCGAAUGGUCCAUAGUUUACAUGAAUUCCGAACUCAAUGAUACAGAAAUAUGGUUGAAAAGUGCGCUUCAAGAAGAUCCCGAAAAAGAAGCGAUCUCUUUAAGGCAACCGGUAGAAAAGUGCUUUUGUCUUUCGGUAGCGAAAGUGUCUUACGGUCGCGAGACUGUUUUGCCCAAGUGUGAACCCUCUGCAAAGGAAAGAAAUAAAGAAGCGCCCACGCACAAAUUGGUUGUGUAUGAUCUGAGAGGAGCGUGGACUAAAAGUAACAGGAACGUGGCUUUUGCACUUUUUGAUACUUUCAUGAAGACUAAGCGAAUGAAAAAGAAUUUAUCCACUGACGCCAUCAAAAGUAUAAGAAAAGAAAACAAUUCUACUCCAUUGAAACGUCGGAGCACUGAUUCAGGGAGUGCCCCAUCGAAUUCACAAUUACCAUCUCUGCCGUCAACGUCGACUUUAGAAGAUGCGCCUUCUCCCAGUACCAAAUUGCAAUCAGGCAAUGCUGCAAACAUGUUAAAACAACUUAUCGCCGAAGCUGAUAACAAGAAUGUAGUCUUUAGUGAUGAUUUGUCGUCGGCAACCAGACAGCAGCAGUUACAAGGGCGACAGGCAUGCCAAGAGGAUGACGUAUUGCACAUGAACUGGCUCAUUUCACUAGUUAAUGCACAAGUGCUUCUUCGUGGAUGUGAAACGAAAGGCUAUGUGAUCUUAAGUGCCGCAAAUGCUCAGAUUUUACAAAAAAUCCACCGUCCCGUCUGGAAAGAUAGAACAUUAGUAUCUAAGACAACUUGGGUGGGUCUGUUGGAGUGUCUGCAGUAUUAUGCGACUGUGAAUGCCGGACAAAACGAUUCCAUUAAUGAGAGUCAAAGGACACGUUUGGCGCCACUGCCCCGUUAUAACAGGCAAACUCUCUACGGCACGGCAGCUAAGGCACGAACGAUGGCAUCGUUUGUUACUUACAUGUUGGUAUUAUGGUGUUCGGUGGGUGACGAUGAUGCCCUGUCGAUCGCUGUUUCUCCGGUAACUCGAGGAAUCGUGGGGUUUACCAGCCACCUACGCGAUUGUGUUUUUUUUAUUCGUAUUGUUUCGAGAUGUAAAUGUGAAUUUUUCUACGUGGGUUAUGGGGACAUUAGUGUCGAUCCUGAAGAGUUUGGUGAGGUGCCACCCCCGCCCCAGGAAGACGUAGGCCUCUGGGAUCACCGGCAAACCCCCGCAGACGCAUUUACACUCAUGCAUCACGACUUAGACGUUUGCACCAAUUCCUUGCAGUAUGCCAUGUUGUUGGACAUCGUAAACAACUUGUUACUGUACGUAGAACCUCAUAGGAAGGAAGCCCUGGAACGUCUUGCACGUAUGAGGUUCCAGCUUCAGUUACAUAGUAUGGAAGACCAAAGGAGACCUAUUCAGAGUUUACAAAAUCAAGUUCGAUCGACAAUAAGCAAGCUGCGAAGACUUGAAAAAGAAACUUAUUUAAUUAAUAAAGCUUCGCAAGAAGAACCGAACAAUGUAGAACUUCUUCAGGAAAUUGAGAAAUUGGAGAAUCUAGUAUACGAAUGCAAAGACGUACUGAAUGCCCAAAGCGAAGAGUUAGAUAUGAUGAUUUCUUGUUACAAAGAGUCACAACUGCUAGCCAAUAGUCGAUUGGCAACCACAAGAAAUAACAAACCCCUGACCGUUGUGAGGGCCAACGAAAUCUUCUUCAAGCAUGCCCAGUGGAGACUUACAGAGGCUGACGGGCAGAUUGGAAUUGCUGAUUUGGUAUUAAGUAACUUUUUGUAUACAAAAAUAUCAAAAAGUGAUGACUCAGUCGAGCAUUUAUUAGAAUUGGGGUACCUAAGAAUGACUAAUUUAUUACCAAAUCAGCCCUAUAAAGAAGUACUCGUCCCAACUGAAAUUCAAAGUAAUAUGCCUGUUGAAAAUAAGAGGGUCGUCAGGGUGUUUUGUAGAGAGAAGCCACCGGUAGGUGGCAUUUCAGUUAAGGAACAUUUUGAAAUAAAUGUAGUACCAUUUACAAUUGGUAUUACGAAAAAAUUCUAUAAUACUAUGUUGAAGUUCUGUUUCCCGGAAAAAGAUCCGGAAAACAUUGAAGGGGAAAGAGGAGAUGAUAUUGACAUGGAGGCAAGGGGUAAAAAGUACCGAAGUUCAGGAAGAGGCAAGAGAGAUUCCAAUUUUUACAUUCCUAUAGACGACGUAGAAAAAAUGAAGGAAAGAGCAGAAAAGAAUAAACUGUUCAUCUACAUAAAAAUACCUGAAGUGCCAGUUCGAGUGAGCUACAAAGGAACCAAAGAAAAAAAUCUAGAAGAUAUCAGAGACUUCUCCUUAGUAAUUCCCACUUUAGAAUAUCAUAAUGUUACUUGGACGUGGCUAGAUUUGUUAUUAGCAAUGAAAUCGGAUACAAGGCGCGUUAUUUUGUCCCAAGCAAUCAAACAAAAACUUACAAUAAAAAGACACACAGGGUCUUCUGACGAGACCAACUUGCCACACGAAGAAGACAAGGCCAAAAUCCUUUUUGGUGCACGACAUGCAACUGAAACCCGUAACUCUAAAAGAAGUGGGGUUUUUAAAUUUGGCAAAUAAACAAAGAGAACAUAGUCGGUAAGAUAUUCCAAAAUUCAUUCAUUAGUAUUGUUUAUUAUUCGUUUUUUGUCAUGAUAAUGAACUAGUCAAUUUUUAUAUACUUACUGUUUCCCAAUUUUUAACUGAAUUGGAUUAAAACUUUUUUUAAUUCUUUUAAAAUGUGCAGAUUAUAGUAGUCAGCACAAAAGUAUUACUACAGUAUUUUCUUCAAUUGCUAUAAAUUUAAUUGAGCUACUUAAAAACCUUCAGAUGGAGCCAAUUUUCCAUUCUGUUAUAAGUAGACACUACCUGACUUCCCCUUUUCCUUUUUAAAAUGCAUUUUAGUACAUAUGAAGUAUCAAGUAUUUUUAAUUUUAUUUAUUUAAACUAGUUCUUGUUGUUAUUAUCGUUGUCGUUACCACUG